CAUUCUAACACUUGAAAGUCCCCCACUAGCCCUCUCCCCCACCCCUCUCUUCCAGACUCUCCAGCUACCCACCCCACUUUUCGGAGAAACCAGCUUCAUAACCGCACACAGGUAUAAUUUAGGAGAAGCUCUUCCUUAAAUCCGAUUCCCAUGCAGUUCGUAUCACAACGACCACAUGACAACUAUCCUUCUUGUGUGUCGGCCAGCUAAGUAGCUUGCUAGAGCUAGAUUCCUGGCCUCUGUCUGUGCCUAUAUAUCCUUCUUUUGUUCUUCUCUCUGCCUUUUCUUCUAUCGGGAUGCUUGCAGUCUCACCGCCGAGAGGCUCCAAUGGUGAGGAGAGAGAUGGGGAGGUCGGGGGAUUGGCCGGCAACUUCUCCGAUGACACCUUGCUGGAGGAUAUCAACUUUGAUGACCUCUUCAUGGGGUUUGAUGACCGGGACAUACUGCCGGACCUCGAGGUGGAUCCUGCUGAGUUUUUUUCAGAUGGACCUCGAGGUGGAGAGGCCUCAUCGGGGAUGGUUAUGGCAGUGGAGUCGGCGGUGGGUUCGGAUGGUGGGGGUCAAGAGAAUGGAUUGAUGGAAGGGGAGAUGAAGGUAGAGAAGGAUCUGAGUCGACGAGAGGAGGUCACGAGUGCGACGACAAAGGAGGACACAGUGGCCGUGGCGGCGGAGGUCAGGUCGCCGUCAUCGGAGGCCGAUAGAGGCCGGAAGUCAACGGCAACGGCAACGAAGAAUUCGCAAGGGAAGCGGAAAGUGAAGGUGGACUGGACGCCGGAGUUGCAUCGAAGAUUUGUUCAGGCAGUGGAGCAGCUUGGAGUAGAUAAAGCAGUGCCAUCGAGGAUUUUAGAGCUCAUGGGGAUCGACUGCCUCACUCGACACAACGUCGCAAGCCAUCUGCAGAAAUAUAGAUCUCACCGUAAGCAUCUGCUCGCGAGGGAGAAAGAAGCUGCAAGCUGGAGCCAGAGACGGCAAAUAUAUUCACCCUGCGGUGCCAGUGCAAAAAGGGACAUGAACCCUUGGGUUGCCCCCACCAUUGGAUUCCCUCCACCUCCUCCUCCUCCUCCUCCAAUACAGUCUUUUAGACCCUUACAUGUUUGGGGGCACCCCACAGCAGACCCACCAUUAGUGCACAUGUGGCCGAGACAUCUAGCCCUGCGGACUCCCACUCCGCCGUGGGCUCCUCAGCCACCUCUUCCUCCACCAUCAAACCCUUCUUAUUGGCACCACCAUUACCAUAAGGGCCCUCGAGAAGGUUGGGUACCACAUACCCUAACACAAGGAACUCCUUGCUUCCCUCAGGCAUUCCCAACGAGGUUUCCAGCUCCACCAGUCCCGGGUGUUCUUCCCUACCCCUUCUAUAGGGCACUUCUUCCUCCCGCCACAAAGCACUCUGUUCCGCAGCUUCAGCUCGAUGCUUAUCCUUCAAAGGAAAGUAUAGAUGCAGCUAUUGGAGAUGCUUUAGCGAAGCCAUGGUCGCCAUUACCUCUUGGGUUGAAGCCUCCCUCAUUGGAAAGCGUACUGGUGGAACUACAGAGGCAAGGUGUGUCAAAAGUACCGCCAAUGUGUGGUUGAUAUCAUGUCAACAACACCUUGGUUUCAUGGCCAACCCAUCAAGAUUUCGUCGACAUGUCUAUCUCUAGAUCUUAGAGUUACUAGAAACUCCUUUCAAUCUUUUCGUGAGUAGGCCCACUUUACUCAUUUGUACUUGUGUGAGACUCUCAGGCUCCACGAAGAUGGAUUAAAGAACAAGCAGGCAACUCCUUACUUUUUGUAAGCCUAUGCGUGUUGUACUAUAAUGAGAGCAAUUUUAUUUGCAUUUAAUGAUUGUAGUAGGACUGUUGUUAUUAUGCUCGCUUAAGAAUAUGACUACUAACUU